AUGCCUAGACCUCCACCUCCCUUUCCACACAGGUUGGUGAAAAAGAUUGAAGAAGCAAAAUACCACAGGUUUAUAGCAAUGUUGAAACAACUUUCCAUCAAUGUCCCGUUGAUAGAAGCUUUGGAGCAAAUGUCUGGGUAUGCAAAAUUCAUGAAGGACUUGGUGACCAAAAAGAUGGCUGACAGUUUUGAGGAUGAAGAGAAGUUACAACAUUGUAGUGCUAUUUCUACUACGUCAUUUAUGCAGAAGAAAGAGGAUCCUAGAGAUUUCACUAUUCCUUGCACCAUCGGUAUGCUGCGCUUCGUGAAGGCCUUGUGUGAUUUGGGUGACAGCAUUAAUUUGAUGAUAUUGUCGAUUUAUAAGAAGUUGGGUUUAGGAGCUCCAAAACCGACUGCAAUGCAUUUACUUAUGGAUGAUAGAACUGUGAAGAGGCCCAUUGGAGUGUUGCAAGAUGUCCUUGUGAAAGUAGAAUCAUUCAUCUUUUCGAUGGACUUUGUGAUAUUAGAUUGUGAGGUUGAUUUUGAGGUUCCCAUCAUUUUAGGGAGACUAUUUCUUUCUAUUGGACGUGCGUCUAUUAAGCAUGAAAGUGAUCUUAUUUCUGUAUCAACGGUAAAUCAUAAGGUGGAGCAGGAAUUUGAAGUGUCCAUUGAAGAGAGGUUAGGUGUUGAUGCACUAGCAGUGGUGAAGAUGAAUUUUGACAGUGAUGGUAUUGAUGACUAUGAUGAGCUAGUUGUUGCACUUGAUAGGUUCGAGUUUCGUUUCAAGCCAAAACGGUUGGAAUUAGAUAUGAAGAAUCAAGACACCCCACCUGCAAAACCGUCUGUUGAUGAGCUUCCAAAACUGGAACUUAAGGUUCUUCCAUCCCACUUGCGGUACGUAUUCUUGGGACAAAAUAGUACAUUGCAUGUAAUCAUUAUUGCUGACUUGAGUGAAGGGAAAAUAGAGGCCUUAGUAUCGGUACUGAAGCGGUUCAAGAGGGCAAUUGGAUGGAUUAUUGCGGACAUUAUUGGGAUUCCUCCGGGCAUUUGUUCUCACAAAAAUCAACUCAUGCGACAGCAAGCCAAGUAUUGA